CGGGGGCGGGGCUCGAGCCAGGCGGCCGGGGCGGCGGCGGCGGCGGCGGCGGCUGCCCGCGCCCCUCCCCCGCGAGGCGCUCAGUGCCAGGCGGGAGGCGGCAGCGGUUGGAGGCUUCGCCGGGCUUUGCAGCGAGGACUUUGGCGGCGGCGGCGCCUGAGGCAACCUCGGCCCUGACACAAUGAGGCGAGUAGUACGACAGAGCAAGUUUCGGCAUGUGUUUGGACAAGCGGUGAAAAAUGACCAGUGUUACGAUGACAUCCGGGUUUCUCGAGUGACCUGGGAUAGUUCUUUUUGUGCUGUCAAUCCCAGAUUUGUUGCCAUAAUCAUAGAAGCGAGUGGAGGUGGAGCCUUCCUUGUGCUGCCUUUGCACAAGACUGGCCGAAUUGACAAAUCCUACCCUACAGUAUGUGGCCACACAGGACCAGUGCUGGACAUAGACUGGUGCCCACAUAAUGAUCAAGUGAUUGCCAGCGGGUCGGAGGACUGCACAGUUAUGGUGUGGCAGAUCCCUGAGAAUGGACUCACCCUUUCCCUGACUGAACCCGUGGUCAUUUUAGAAGGUCACUCCAAGAGGGUUGGUAUCGUGGCCUGGCAUCCGACAGCUCGCAACGUGCUUCUUAGUGCAGGCUGUGAUAAUGCCAUUAUCAUCUGGAACGUGGGGACUGGGGAAGCCCUCAUCAAUCUGGACGAGAUGCACUCGGACAUGAUCUACAACGUGAGCUGGAACAGGAACGGCAGCCUCAUCUGCACAGCCUCCAAAGACAAGAAAGUCCGAGUCAUCGACCCCAGGAAACAGGAGAUUGUUGCUGAGAAGGAGAAAGCACACGAAGGCGCAAGGCCCAUGAGGGCCAUCUUCCUGGCGGACGGCAACGUCUUCACCACCGGCUUCAGCCGCAUGAGCGAGCGACAGCUGGCUCUCUGGAAUCCGAAAAAUAUGCAGGAACCAAUUGCGCUUCACGAAAUGGAUACCAGCAAUGGAGUGUUGCUGCCUUUCUAUGAUCCUGACACAAGUAUCAUUUACUUAUGUGGAAAGGGCGACAGCAGUAUUCGCUAUUUCGAGAUCACGGAUGAAUCCCCGUAUGUCCACUACCUCAACACAUUCAGCAGCAAGGAGCCUCAGAGAGGGAUGGGUUACAUGCCCAAGAGGGGACUUGAUGUUAACAAAUGUGAGAUUGCCAGAUUCUUCAAACUCCAUGAGAGAAAGUGCGAGCCCAUUAUCAUGACGGUUCCCAGGAAGUCGGACCUUUUCCAGGAUGAUCUGUACCCCGACACGGCAGGGCCCGAAGCUGCGCUGGAAGCUGAGGAGUGGUUUGAGGGGCGGGACGCAGACCCACUGCUCAUCUCUUUGAAGGACGGGUACAUUCCAGGCAAGAACAGGGACCUCAAGGUGGUCAAGAAGAACAUUCUGGAUAGCAAGCCCAGCGCAAACAAGAAGUGCGACCUGAUCAACGCUCCCAAGAAGACCACAGACCCUGCCAGUGUGCAAAAUGAAGCCAAGUUGGAUGAGAUUUUGAAAGAGAUCAAAUCUAUAAAAGACACAAUCUGCAAUCAAGAUGAGCGCAUUUCCAAGCUAGAGCAGCAGAUGGCCAAGAUCGCAGCCUGAAGGUCCCACCCCCACCCCUCCGGAAAUGGGAGCAAGGACUUAGGCUUGGGAGCUGGUGGUUGGUGUGGCCCCAGGGAGGGUGACCCAGGCACUGCCGCCGGAGACAUUCCGCUCAGACCUGGCAGCCAGUGUAGGCCACGUUCCACUCAGAACACGAUUUGUCUCCCAAAUUUGCAAAAAAACAAAGGCUGAGAUUUUUAUCAGAAAGCCUUUUCAGUGUUUAAGUGUUACGUGACUUGUUGAACUUUUAAAAAGACAAAAGUGCUACUUUUAAAAUCCUACAUAUUCCGAAUUUUAAAAAAACAAGCCAAUUCUGACUCAGUGUCGUGCCCAAGUACUUUUUUUUUUUUAAUUUUUACAAAUAGGGACCAAUGCCACAUUGCUUUUUUAUAUUUCUUUCUUUCUUUCUUUUUUUUUUUUUAAUGUUGCCAAAACCAAAAGUAGCCUUUUUUUUUUCCUUUGUAUUUUGCUACUUUGCAGUAUUUGUGUGUGGGUUUUUUUUGUUUUCUUUACUUUAAAAGGGACAGCACUGUGUAUGUUUAUAAACUAAAUGAAGAUAUUAUUUUGUAUAAAUGUUCAUCUGAAAGCAUUGAGAGCAGUAGGCACUCAGUGCUGGCUCGUCUGCAGCACAGAUCCAGUCCUGCGAGUGACUGUGCACAAGGAGGACUGGGAAAGCAGUGUGGGGUCAGGGACCACCCUUCUUGCUCCCCUGAGUCUUCUGAGCAAAAAAAAAACUCACAUCGUAGCUCCUUCCUUCCUUUCCUUCCUCUUUUCUAGAAACUAGGUGGCUGUACCAGAUGGAAUUUUACUUCUUGGUUAUCCUGUGCUUUGGAUGAUUAUAAUCUAACCUGAACUAG